AUGGUGUUCUACUUCCAAUACGAGAAAGCGAGACUCGAACGGAAACGACUCACGGAGAUGAGCAAAGGCUACGGCAAACCCAAAGUCGGGGGACCAUUUACGCUUAAAGACCUGGAGGGCAAUGAAUUCACUGAGAAAGAUCUUCUGGGGAAAUAUUCGAUGAUCUACUUCGGAUUCAGUCACUGCCCGGAUAUCUGCCCGGAUGAACUCGACAAGUUGGGUGACGCGAUUGAUAUCAUACAAGAAAAGGCACCGAACUGCAUGAGGCCAAUCUUCAUUUCGUGUGACCCUAACAGAGAUACUCCUGAGGUGCUCCGAAAAUACCUCGCCGAGUUUCAUCCUGCGAUACAGGGGUUGUCGGGCACAUGGGAACAAACAAAGAAUGUGUGCAAGCAGUAUAGAGUAUAUUUCUCGACACCACCGAACUUGGAACCCGGUGAGGAAGACUAUCUGGUCGACCACAGCAUAUAUUUUUAUGUGAUGGAUCCGGAAGGCGACUUCGUGGAGUGCAUUGGUAGACAAGACACUGCGGAGAGUGCUGCUGCGAUUCUCCUCCAACAUGUGAGGGACUGGCAAAGAGAAGGCAAGCCUCUCGAUACAACGCCUCUCCCUUAUCUCGCCGCCAAAAAGGAUUCGACGAGCGCGGCGAAAUAA